CUCUGAUAAACAAAUUGUUGGCCUUCCUAUUAGUUUCUGUGGACCCUGUAAUUUAUUUAAACAGACUUCAUCUCUAUCCUAUCUAUAAAAAGCCCUGGAGCAUUACAAAGUUCAGCAAGUGUCAAUUUCGUUUUACGUGAGAUAAUUGUGUUUAUCGCUCACUAAUGGCAACUAAUGGUCUCUGUGAGUGUAACAUCGACAUUGCAUUGGAAGGUUCUGAAAUAAAUUCUUCUCGAAGUCUUUUUGCAUGUAUGAAGAAAUUGAGCCAGCUUUUGGAGACACCUGCGAGGAAAAUGUGGAGGAAAUUGAGCCAGCUUUUGGAGACACCUGUGAGGAAAAUGUGGAAGUUUGGUAAAGAUGAUCCAAGGAGAGUCAUACAUGCAAUCAAGGUGGGCCUGGCAUUGUCUUUGGUAUCGCUGUUUUACUUAAUGGAGCCUCUGUUUGAUCAAGUUGGUGAUAAUGUCAUCUGGGCCGUCAUGACUGUUGUUGUUGUUUUUGAGUUCACAGCAGGCGCUACUCUGAGUAAGGGAUUAAACAGAGGAAUAGGCACAGUGGUAGCAGGUUCUCUGGCUAUAUCUGUUGGUUACAUUGCAGACAAGGCUGGCAAAAUUGGAGAACCUAUUACCAUCAGUUCUUCUUGUUUUGUUCUUGGGGCCCUUGCAACAUUCUUUCGUUUCAUCCCCAAGAUAAAGGUUAAGUACGAUUAUGGCGUUAUGAUUUUCAUCCUUACAUUCAACAUGAUAACAGUGUCUGGAUACCGCGUUGAAAACAUAUUCACCGUGGCUUGUCAACGCCUUUCCACCAUAGCAAUCGGGUGUGCAGUUUCCCUCAUUAUAAGUUUGUUCAUAUGCCCCAUCUGGGCAGGAGAGGAUCUCCACACCUCUAUUGUUAAAAGAAUUCAUGGUUUAUCAUAUUCUCUUGAAGGAUGUAUGGUAGACUAUAUGAAGCUUUCUGAGUAUUCUGUAAUAAACGAGGAUGAAUCAGGAAAAAUACUAGAAGGCAUCAUCUACAAAGGAUACAAGGAUGUCUUAGAUUCUAAAGCAAAUGAUGAAUCCUUGGCCAAUUUUGCUAGCUGGGAACCGAAACAUGGCAUGUUUGGGUUCAGACAUCCAUGGAAACAAUAUGUGCAAGUAGGUUGCAUGCUGCGUCACCUGGCUUACUGUGUUGUUGCUUUGCAUGGAUGCGUUCGUUCAGAAUAUCUGGCAGCCCACAUCAAUCUAUCAGCAUUCAAGAAACCCUCCACUUAUAAAGUGGGUAUGGAGGUAGUAAAAAUACUCCACGACUUAGCUGAGAGCAUGAAAAGUAUGAAGCAAUGCCCUCCUCCACAAUCCAUGAUGCAGAGCUUGCAUGUUGCAAUUGAGGAACUCAAUACUUCAGUCUGCUUUGAACCCAAAAUUUGGCACAUAAUCCAGCCACAUCAAAACACUGAUCUGAAUUCUACCCAACAAUCCUCAAAGAAAAGGGGCCAAUCUGAACAUCACAAGCCAAUGCAUGUACUUGAAAAUAAUGCCCAUAUCAAUAUUUCCACUGAAGGCAAUAGAAAACAUGAUUGCAGCUCUGAAUCGAUCUCUGUGGCUUUGGAAGAACAAGAUUCAGCUCUUAAUACAGAGGAACAGAAUCAUAUAUUUCUAAGUAUUGAGCCACCUUGUCAAUUUAAAAUGACAGUCAAUAUAGAAUUUCCAGAGGCAAUUCAUUUGGCUACUUUUGCAUCACAUGUGAUGGAGAUAGUGGCUAGGCUUGAACAUGUUAUUGAGUCUGUUCAAGAACUGGGAACACUUGCAGGAUUUGAACACUAGGCCUUCUCUAUACUUUUACUUAUAGGCCUGGAUACUACUGUCUUAAGUCAUAACAGUGUAGGAAUUUGUUCUUUAUAUGCCUUCUAGAUACUGUUUCUUAUAGGCCUUGAUACUGUCAUAAGUCAUAUUGUAAUAGUGUAGGAAUUUGUUCUUUAUAUGCCUUCUCAAUACUGUUUCUUAUAGGCCUUAAUACUGUCAUAACAGUAAAGGAAUUUGUUCCUUAUAUUCCUUCACACUCUUGUACAUAAGCCCUUGCAUGGGCAUAACAGUAUAGGUGUUUACGCUGUCCUCAUAGUGCAGUCAUAUUAGUAUAAGUCUCUGAAAAAAUGUUUCCAUAUGUUGAUCUGAAGAUAUAAUAGAGUUAAAAAUU